CAUGGCUCGUCGUGGACGCAGCUUGGUUUUGAGCCUAUGCCUGGGCGCUGCCGCACUCCUGAUGUGCUGGCAGCUGGUGUCGCCUGCCUUCCUGCAGCCCAAGCAGAACAACAGGGGCUUGGAAGCUGCUGCUCCUGCUGCGCUGGGUGCAUUGGCCUCCAUGGCAGGAACCAUGCCAGCGGAGGCAUUGAAGGGUCCGCUUACCGGCAGUGACCUGUGCACCAAGCCCCUGAUCUACUUGAUCUACCCAUUGUGCGACCCGCUCUUCUUGGUGUGCCCGCUCUACAACUUCCCUCUGGUCUUGGGUUUCUUCGCUGCGUUGGUCACCGUCAUCAACCUGAUUCUGCCUGAGACACAGCCGGAUGAGGAUCUUCGCGUUGCCUAUUCUUGGGCGCUGCCGCACUACUGAUGUGCUGGCAGCUGUUGUCGCCUGCCUUCCUGCAGCCCAAGCAGAACAACAGGGGCUUGGAAGCUGCUGCUCCUGCUGCGCUGGGUGCAUUGGCCUUCAUGGCAGGAACCAUGCCAGCGGAGGCAUUGAAGGGUCCGCUUACCGGCAGUGACCUGUGCACCAAGCCCCUGAUCUACUUGAUCUACCCAUUGUGCGACCCGCUCUUCUUGGUGUGCCCGCUCUACAACUUCCCUCUGGUCUUGGGUUUCUUCGCUGCGUUGGUCACCGUCAUCAACCUGAUUCUGCCUGAGACACAGCCGGAUGAGGAUCUUCGCGUGGGCUGAGAGCACCUGUAGCAUUUGCCCUCGCCAUGACACCUGCAUUCUCCGAGCAACGAAGCGCUGCAAUGGGUCAACUUUGCCCGAGGGUCGAUCGUCUCCUUGGGGGGGUUGGACUCGUCCUCGUGGGUUUUCUGGCUAGGUUCAUCAUCGCGGACAGGAAGGCGUCCG